GAGGCGCAGCACCAAAUACGUGAAACAUACGCGUCUCCUGAGGGGUUCAAAAACCAGACAUUCCUUUCCUUCUUGACCUUCUCCAUUCUUUACACUCUUACCCGCACUCGUUCAACGCAAACCAUCCACCAUGGCACCAACACCUGCCUCCAUCCCUCGCGCCAUCUUCGUCGAAUAUGCCAAACGCGCAGUCGUCGCAGCAGGCCCAGAGAUGGCGAGGCUGUCAGCUCGUGGUCUGUCCGUGAACCACACGCAAGGAAUAACGCUGGGCAUAAUUGUUCUCUACAUCGCAGUCAUCGCGCUCCUUUGGAACAUACCUUAUGUCAAGUACUCGCUUUGGCCCUUCAAGAUGCUCGUCAUAGCCUUCCACGAAUUCGGUCACGCUAUAACAGCCUGCUGCACCGGUGGCCGUGUGAAAUCCAUCUCCCUCGACCCGCGCGAAGGCGGCGUAACACACAUGGUCGGUGGGAUCUCUGCCGUUACCCUCCCAGCCGGCUACCUGGGCUCCUCAUUAAUCGGCGCACUCCUCAUAUUCUGCGGAUUCGAUAUUGUUGCUAGCAAGAUAGCGAGUAUCGCCCUAGGAGUCUGCUUUCUGUUGACAUUGUGGUGGGCACGCAAGGAUUGGCUGACGAUUAUAACCAUAUUGAUGGCGGUGGGACUGCUGGUUGGCUGUUGGUUUAUCAAGCAUGCUGAGCCGUUGAAGUAUGUGGUGUUGUUUAUUGGGGUUAUGAGCAGCUUGUACUCGGUUUGGGAUAUUUGUGAUGACCUUAUCCUACGGAAAGUCAACGAGUCCGACGCGAGCGUUUUCGCGCAGAGAUACGGUGGUUCAAGCCAGUGCUGGGGCGUCAUUUGGUCGAUUGUCAGUCUGGUCUUCAUGAUUGGGGGUAUCAUUGCGGGACUUGCGGCCUUCCCGGAGAGUGCGUCGCAGCAGGAGGACGACUCGAAGAAGUUUAUUCCUACUCGUUGAAAAGCCUCGGUGAUGGGUAUCCGGGGGGGGGACCUGCACUGGAAUUGCAGCCGGUCGCUGCUGGGAUACUGAACAGGGUAAAUGGGCAAAAUUGAUUGAACCAACACAUCACCCCGGUGACCGGGAACCAGGGACUUCCCUCGACUGGUUCGGUUCUGUGGCUCAACAAAGUUGGGAAUGACAAGACAUAGUGGACAAUGGUUUGACGCCAAAGAUUGGAAACUGCAGAAAAACGGACUCCGAGUUGAGCCCAGCCGGCAUGGGCACGGUUCGCACGAGAAGAGGGCUAGCCUGAGAAAGCUGCGUUUGUGUGGUUGUUGAUGAAGGAGAAUUGUUGCGAAAAAGAGAUGCCCAACCAGCAGUCUAUUCUUGCUUGAUCUUGCGUUGCUUCCUCGCGUUAGAUACCCAUUCAAAAGAAGUAUGAAGCAUGAUUCAGUCCAUAAGAAGUACAAUUCUUAC